UCAUUCAUCCGUCGCGUACACACCCCCUCGACCCUACCUCCAGCAUCAUCAACUACUUUUAAUUUCUCAUCCCAAACAUAUCCAACUCCAUCAAAAUGCCUCCCAAAGCUGCUGCUAAGACCCCCACCACCGCCGGCAAGGCCCCCGCUGGCAAGGCUCCUGCUGAGAAGAAGGAAGCUGGCAAGAAGACCGCCACUGCCCCCGGCGAGAAGAAGAAGCGCGGCAAGACACGCAAGGAGACUUACUCUUCUUACAUCUACAAAGUCCUCAAGCAAGUUCACCCUGAUACUGGUAUCUCCACUCGCGCCAUGUCCAUCCUCAACUCAUUCGUGAAUGACAUCUUCGAGCGCGUCGCUACUGAGGCUUCCAAGCUCGCUUCAUACAACAAGAAAUCCACCAUCUCCUCCAGGGAGAUUCAGACCUCUGUCCGUCUCAUCCUGCCCGGUGAAUUGGCCAAGCACGCCGUUUCGGAAGGAACAAAGGCUGUUACCAAGUAUUCUUCGUCUGCCAAAUAGGCGUUUGUCAAUUAUAACUUUUCUUGCUCUUUUAUUGUACUUUUUAGCUGCUUCGGACUCUGUGAAAUCGAGGCGGCGGGUUACCGGGUGUUCGUGGGUUUCUAAUGCGUCAUGGGAUGGUUCUUUUUUCUUUAUUUGGCCGGAUGAUUUUACGGUUGCAAUUCACAUGUGGUGAACGUGGGGUAUCAUACCGCGGGAUUGGACUUGAUCGGACAGUCUCAGUCUGUUAGAAAUUCAAUUCAAGCUUUAGCUUUAGUGCAUACAUUAUAUU